GUAUUUGGUCCUGCCAUGCGGACAGGGGACUGGACUCGAUGACCUCUUGAGGUCCCUUCCAGUCCUAGAAUCUAUAAGUGUGAAUUUAUAUACGCGCGCUCUCUCUUAGUGAAUAUGACUUCUCUGCCAGAAUUUUAAAUCAAUUUUGUUAUUGAUUUAAAACUAUUUCAAUGGCUUCCACAGUUCAGUGGCUGUGGAGUCUAACCCUAAAUCUGGAAUAAAAUUUAUCAUUUUAUACAUGGAGUUUGACCUUAACCUACAAUCACCUUAUUGGGAGACAUGAAGGUGCUCCUAUGUGCGAGACAGCUCACUUGAAUGACAUGCUGUUAUAACUUAAAUACUGAAUGCUGCUCUGAGAACUAACUUACUUCAUGGGUAUGGUUUCUCAGGAGUUGAUUAACAAUGUCAGAUCAGCAUAAUCCCUUCAAAAGAAAACACAGGUUUUCAGUAUGUUUAUUGGAGCUCUACUGUAGGGCAUUUCCUGAUUCUAGACAAUAUUGCUCCUAGCAGACUUUAUGUACUUCUAGCCAUUACUGGAGAGGGGCUGAAGUCAGAUUCCUCCAUCCUUUCUUUGGAACACAAGGAAAGGUAAAAGCACAAUCAAGACACAGAUAAGGACCAACAUUUACAAAGGACAGUUUUGUGUUUCCUUCUGCCUUACAGUAGAGUAAUCCGACAGUUGCCAAGAGCCACACUUUGAAUUUAUAUUACUUUUUGAAUUUUUUGAACAAUUUUUAAGGUUCAGGGUGCAACUUAUUUUAUAUUGUCACCCUGACUCCUGUGGUUAUGUUGCCUCCCAUCAUUGUCUACAGUACACUUGCCUUUAGGAAAAAACUGUGUGGGAGUACACAAGGCUUUAAAUAUCACUUUCUGAAUUUCUGUGAAAAGGUGCUUCUUGAUUGGGAAAAGUAUUUCCUGCCCCAGUAUUUUUUUUCCUAUCCUGUUUCAGCCUUAAACAACAAGUUGUAUUUUUUUCUCUGUUGGAUUUGAUUAGUGAUAAACUGGCUAACAGUUCUAUCCUGAAAAUCUAAAUCAAUAAGCCGCCAUCAGCAGGUCUGCAUAAUUGCUAAACUCAUUCAGUAUUCCAGGCUUUUGUCCCUAAGGUCUGGUUUACACCUGAAAAGUAGAUCGACUCAGCUACAUCAGUCAGGGCUGUGAAAAAUCCGUGCCCUAUGUGAUGUAGUUUAAUGGACCUAAACCUACUAUUGAUGCAGCUAGAUUGACUAAGAGUCUUCCGCCAACAUAGCUACUGCUUCUUUGGAAGGUGGAUUAUCUACAUCAAUAGAAAACAUUUUCUCUUGAUGUAGAAAGCAUCUACGCUACAGCAGCACAGCUUCAGCACCAUAGUGCUGCUACUGUAGUGUAGACAUAGCCUUAGGCAUUGUCUACACUACAGAGAUUUUUGACAAAAGGCAGCUUUUGACGCCAGAACAGUGGAGGUGUACAAACUGCAAUGCCACUUUUGAUGACAAAACUCUCCUGUUUUGCCAACAAAAUAAAACCACCUCGACGAGCGAGACAGAGCUUUUAGCAAAAAAGUUUUGUCCACAAAGUGCCAGUAUAGACACCGCGCAUGGUUUUGUUGCUGUAAAUAGCCUCCAGGAAGUGUCCCACAAUGCCCAUCGUGACCACUCUAGUCAGCAGCUUGAACUCUGCUGUCCUGCAGCCAGGUAAACAAGCAUCCGCCCCUCCCUCCUUUAAAGGCCUGGUAAUUUUUGAAAUUCCACUUCCUGUUUGCUCGGCGUGGAGAGCUCAUGUCGCAUCUUCCCAGCUGGCCACGGCAGCUCCAUGUGGCAAACACUCUCCCACUUAGACCACUGUGGAGUUGUUGGAUCUGCUGAGUAUAUGGGAAAAGGAGGCUGUCCAGUCCCAGCUCUGCUCCAGCUGUAGGAACUUCAAUACUCAGGGGCAGAUUUUUCGUGGCUUGUGUGAGAAGGGCUAUGUGUGGGACACGGUGCAGUGCAGAGCAAAAAUAAAGGAGCUGAGGCAAGCAUACCAGAAGGCAAGGGAGGCAAACGGUCAUUUCACUGCUGCACCUAAGAGCUGCCGCUUCUGCAAAGAGCUGGACACCAUCCUCUGCAGUGACCCCACAUCUACCGCCAAAAGCCCCAUGGACACUUUAGUGGGACUGGAAGCAGUGGAAAGUGGACCUAACCCCAAGGAUGAAGUUGUGGACAAGGAGGUGGAGUUGGAGGAUGUUGUGGAGCCCACUGCAGGGUGGUCCAGUACCAUGCGAGUCAGGAACUCUUUUCCAGUCCAGAGGGGUGUAGCCAGUUCCAGCACUCAGUUUCCAGAAAGCAUGGUGCAGGAGCGGAAUGUUGCUUUCAGGGGAGCACCCUGCACACUGGCGGCGCGUCUCUGCCAGAUAAGGAAGCAACCAAGAUGGAGCAAGUUGGACAUGUUCAGAGGGGUGCUCCAAUCCUCCGAUCAGAAAAAAAAGAGCGCCAUGGAACUGAGAGAAAUGGAAAGACAGGACAGAAAGUAUAGUGAGGAGUGCAUUCUAAAGGUCCAUGAGCAGAUAAAAGUGAUAGAGGAGCAAACAGAGAUGUUGAAGUCCCUAAUCACACUCCUGGCAGAACAGAUGCAUGCUCGCCCCCGCCUUCAGCCUAUGCAGAACUGUUUUCCAUGCCCUUCCCAAACUCCUCCCAUACAUUCCUUGCAACUUCCCCAAACAUCACAAUAUCCUGUUCACUCCAGCCCUGGAGACACCUUCCAAAAUGAUAGCUGGAUUUAUGCAUAGCUAUGAGAGCCUCCACUGCUCAACACUCUUACCUCCACUCCCGCCAACCCAUUUGUGUGGGUUAAUUGGUGUUUAAUAAAAACAAACUCUCUGAAAGGUAGCCAAUCUUUAUUUGUGUCCUACAUGUGUGAUUGCUGCUGCUAGUAACAUAUACAUGCAUUCUAAUAAUUUGCUUACUACAAAUCCCAGUUAGGAAUCAUCACAAGUGCUAGGCCAAAUAAGAUAACUGAGCUUAAUGAUGCACGGCAGAUUGCUGUAUAGAAAAAACAGAUUAUUAGCGCUCAUUAUCAGAAUGUUGCCUCAAAGCCUCCCUGAUUCAAAUUGCUCGUCCUUGUGCCCCUCUAAUAGCACUUGUAUUAGGCUGCUCGAAAUCAGCAGCCAGGUGAUAUAACUCGGAGCUCCACCCAGGGCAAACUUUUCACCCUUAGCCUAACAAAAAUUAUGGAACAGACAGCUAUGACCAUUGGAAUGUUUUCCUCACUUAGGCCUAACCUGCAUAAAGGCAGCACCAGCAUGUUUUUAAUCUGCUAAAGGCACAUUCCACAGUCAUUCUGCACCUACUCAGCCUAUUGUUGAAGCACU